AUGGACACUAUGGAAUAAUUGGAUUUAAAGAUACAAAGCAGCUCUUUAAAUGGAGUCAAAUUAGAUAGUUUGGGCAAAUUUUAAGAUAUGACUUUCUAAACUCUAGAUGGAAGUAGGAUUCUUAAAGACAUGUAGAACCAGCAAGCUUAGAUAAAAAAGGAAUGGGAUGACAGAGAAAAGACUCUUAAAUCAAUUGUCAAAGAAACUUUUAAGCUAAUUGAAGUAGAAAUAAAUUAUGACUCUAUGUAGUCGUUCCUAAAGGAUAGAAUUAAAUGUAAUAUUGACUUUGAGUAAAGUAAGAAACUGGAUGUGCUAUUUUUCUUUUAAGAGCCUCAAAUUAACAGACUGUAUUAUUUCAAGCCCAAUUCUAAGAAACUUUAUCUAUACCAUACAGAUUUUCAUCUGAAGUAAAAAAUGCUUAUCAACAUAGAUUUCAAAAUACCAGUAAAUUUCGCUUCUGUCCAAACUAAGUCUGGGAGGAUAUUCAUAGCAGGAGGCAGUAAGAAUGACACAGAAUCACUUAACAGUUGCUAUGAGUUGAUGGGUCUAAGUAAUCAAGGAAUAGAUGAGGAAAUGAUGGAAGAUGGGAUCAAAUCAAAUAACUAACAAGCAAAUCUUAGCCUUAAAAGAAAAGCAAAUAUGAUUACAGGAAGGGAGAGUCACUCUUUAGUGUGUCUGAAUGCAAAGUUUAUAUUCGCUUUAGGAAGUAGGAUAAAUAAGCAGAGUUCAACUUGCGAGACUUAUGAUAUUUAAAACGAUACUUGGACUAAAAUAGCUUCACUUAAUUAUGGUAGAUACUAUUGCUCUGCUUGCCAGUUUAAUAAAAGAUUUGUAUAUGUGAUAGGAGGUAUAAAUAAAAAUGGACUUAUAACUCAGAUUGAAAAAUAUGAUAGCUUUUAGAAUGAUAGUAAAUGGCAGGUGCUUGAACUAAGCACUAAUUCAGUCUGGGAGGGUAGAUAUUUUUGUGGAUCUAAUUAGAUAGGAGAGACCAAAAUAAUAAUCUUUGGAGGAUUCUCUGGAUCUGUAAUGACGAGUACUAGUUUCGAAUUAGAUGUUAUAGCUAUGGAGGUAAAGGAGUCAAUAGACACAUAGCUCUCCAAAAAUGAUUCUUUCUAUCAAAGGCAACCAUUAUUAGGGAGCGAUAAAUUAUUGUAUGCUAUUGGUUAUGAGAGUAAUGUGAUUCAUGUCUAUGCUGAUAGAUGGGGUCUGCUUUUGAAAGAUACUAUUAACUGGAAGGAUACUAAAAAAUAAUGA